AUGGGUCCUGGGUUAGCGGUUGAGAUCAGGAGGGGUUUAACAGCGACGACGAUGGCUCAUAGGAAGUGGUUAGUGAGGGGCAGUGAUCUGCGGAAGGACAUACUGCGGAAGUCGAGCAAGCGGUACAGAAAGUAUGGUCGCAGCAAGAAAUGUUUCAAGGAACUUGUGCAGUUGUUGUUGAAGGAUGAAUUUCUGGUUGACAACAACAAACCUCCGUCUUCUAAAGCAGGCACGCAGAAGGAGCUUGUGAAGUAUUGGAGGAAGCGGAGGACGCUUUUCAGUAAAGUCAACUCGAUGCCGAUAUAUAUGACUUCGGAGUUGUGGUUUAGUGUUACACCUGAACGGAUAGCACGGUUUCUUGCAAACUUCAUUUCUGCUUGCCUACCGAAUGCCAAACGGAUUCUGGAUGUGUUCAGCGGUGGUGGAGGUAACUCAAUACAGUUUGCGAAUGUGUUUGACAGAGUGUAUUGCUUGGAUUCAAACCUGGAGCACUUAUACUGCUCUAUAAAGAAUGGACAAAGCUAUGGGGUUUCUAAUAAGUUGUGGAUGUGCAAAGGUAAAUGGGGUGAACACACAGCUAAGAAGUUUCGCAAACUGAAUAUAGACUGUAUAUUUGGAUCACCGCCUUGGGGUGGUCCUGAGUAUAUCAAGGAUGAAAAAUAUGAUCUGGAGAAAAGUCUGCUCCCGUUUGGACUUUACAAACUAUUAAAGACCUUUAAGAUAGUAAGUGAUAACAUCAUAUUGUUCUUGCCUAAGAAUUCCAAUUUAGACCAGCUUAGUGAGACUACAAAAGAAGUAUUUGGGCCCGAGGCCAAAUGCAAAGUCCUUUAUAUUAAGGAACAGGGAUACCUGAAAGGUAUGCUAUGUCUUUGGGGGUCUGCAUUUACUAACUAUCAACAAGAUACAGCAUCUGAUAGUGAAGAAGAAGAAGGCGAAGAAUUAAAUGAGAGUGAUAAAAGUAAAAAUGCGAAUAUAUACAUUAAUUACGAUAUAGAUGGAUGA